AUGAGCUCUUCUGUUAUUAGUGAGCUGGAGUAUAUGAUGCCAGAAUUAUCCUAUUACAAAGACAGGAAAAUCUUCAAAAAAGAAGAAAUAGAAGCAAUUGUUAAAAAAAGAAAGAAAUUUGAAGAAAUUCUGGCUACUAAACCACGUCUUAGUAUAUUUCUUAUGUACAUUGAGUAUGAGGCCAUAUUAGAGAGAAUUUAUAAGAAGAGGUCUAAAAAGAUCCAUAAGAAGAAGAAUUAUAUUACUAAAAGGAUAGACUCACUCUAUAAAAGAGCACAAUUUGCAUUCCUUGAUAUGGAAGAUUUACUCAUCUCACACUUAGAGUAUUUUAUAUCUGUACAGGAUAAAGCAAAGAUAAAGGAGACAGCUGUAGAAAUACCCAGAAAGUGCACGGGCAGUUUUAAGGUUUGGAUUAAGUGUGCUGAUGCUCUUAGGUCUAUAGGAGAAAUAGAAGGGUCCAGGAUUCUCUUACAGAGAGCAUUAAGAGUACUUCCCAGCCAUAAAAAAGAGAUAAUAGAGGAGUAUAUAAGACUAGAAGAGGAUAAUGAAGAGAAUGACUCACCAAAGAUUAUUGAAAUAUUAAAAAAGCAAAUAAUAACGGAAAGUUAAAACCCGUUAUUUUUGGAAAUUACCGUUAAAUAAAUAAAUCAGA